AUGGGGGCUGGCGGCGGGCAGGAGCGCUCCAAAGCGGCGCGGCCAAGUCCCCCCGCAGCCCCUCCCCGGCGGCCUCCCCGCAUUGUCCGCGGUCAUCCCCGACCCCCCCGGCGGCUGCUCCGGUCCACAGGCAGCCCCGGCGCCCCCCUUUCCGGCCCGGGGCAUCUCGGAGGAGGGAAGGGAGAAGGGGAGAGCCCCGACCACGCCUGCGAUGUGCUCCGGGAUCGGCCGCAGCCCCGGGUUCGCGGCCGCCAUGAAGCCGGCGGCGGCGCGCGGGGCGGGCCGGGCUCUGGCGAGGCCACGCGGGCCGGCUGCUGGCGGAAAUCUGCAAAAAUCCACGUGAGCCGCCCCCUCCGCCAGCUGCCCGCGGCCCCUGACACGGCGGCAUUGAAGCCGGCCCGGAGAACGGUGUCCAGGGCCCAGCGAGGAUCCGAGGACCUAAGAUGUGCUCGAAGACUGGGGACUCGAGAGCCCACUCGCAGGAACAAUUGCUCUCUUUUCAAAACCGAGAGGAGCGAAAGGGCGCUCAUUGAUGUCACCUGGCAAAACCAAGACAGCCCACACUUCCUCGUGCGCUCUAACACUGCCAUCGCCCACUCCCCAAGCCCAAACCUGCAAGCCGGGUCCCCCGCUCAUCCUAAAGGCGAGACCGAGACCCGCAGGCCCGGAGGAGACAGAGGAGGGGCAGGAGGCCAGGAGAGGGGCGGUGCCCCUCUGGUCCUCCCGGCGGCGCCGGCCUCGGGCGACCCCAACCACCCCACCCCCCCAAGCAGGCGGCGGAAGAGCCGGGGCUGCCUGGCGGGGAGCGAGGCGGGAGCCGCGCGAAGCCUCCGGCUGCGGGGCAGAGAAGCCCCCGCUCGCCUCGCAGUUCCCUGGGCUCCCGUUUGCCCCGCACCCCGCCCCCCUCUCGGCCUGGGGGGCUUGUGUUCUCAGCCGCAGCGCAGGGAUGCUCGCGCUGCCUCCGCUGACCCUCUGCGGCCCCUAGCCCCCAACUCCUCCUACACUGUAUCCCAGGCCUCUCCAACUGACACUCCUUGGAGCAAGCCAGGGAGAGGCGGCAGGGAAGCCCCGGCCCUUCAGGAUUCCGAGAGCGCCUUCAAAGCGUCCCCUCCGCCCCACCCACCCCCCAACCAGUUAGCCAGAGAGCUGAGCCAGGCCUCCCUCAACACAAAGCAGACAGGCGCCUCGGCCGCGGGGCGGGAGAGCCCCGCUCGCUCCAAGGCGUCUCUGGCCCGACCUGCUCGGCCUGCGGAGCCCUCUUCCGUCCGGCGCCAGGAGGAAGCCACGCCACCUUUGCACCUCUGA